GGGCCUGAAGGAGGCAGCGGUGCUGGGGUGCAAUCACACAUGGAGGGACAUGUGGGAGGGUGUCUCAAGAACUUGAAGGACCCGGGAGAGGGGUCUGGGGACGGGAGGAGUAUCGGCCAAUCUUGCGUGUGUGGCCCUCCGCAGCAGCCGCGCAGGCAUGGGCAUGAAGCGGAGCCUCCAGAGCGGGGGCACCUUGCUGGGCUUCUUGGCCAAAAUCCUCACGAUUUUCUCCACUACCACCAACUACUGGAUCCGCUACCCUGGGGGCCACAGUGGCUUGUGGCAGGAGUGUAAUGGUGGCACCUGCUCCAACAUCCCCUGCCAGACCAUGCUGGCGGUGACAGGGGCGUGCAUGGCUGUCGGCAUCAGGUGUUUGGUGAUGGGGCUGAGGAUCCUGUGCCACGAGGGCGACUCACGGGGCCAGACUACGAGCGGCAUCUUCUUCCUCUACGGCCUGCUGCUGCUGAUCGCCUUGACAGGCUACACAGUGAAGAACGCGCGGAAGAACGACGUCUUCUUCUCGUGGUCCUGUUUUUCGGGGUGGCUGGCUUUACCCUUCUCUAUUCUCGCGGGCUUCUGCUUUCUGCUGGCGGACAGGGUCUUGCAGAGCACGGAUGCCCUCAGUGGAUUCCCCGUGUGCUUGUGA